AUUAUUAUUGUAAUGUAAAGGUUUGACAUACACAUAGAAGUUGUUGAGAGUUAGGCAAAUAGCAACUUGGUUCGGACCAUGGUGAAGGACCAAAAGAGGAGUGAUGCAAUUGCGGGCUAAUCCUUUCCAAUUCAAUUUCCAUUUCCACCACACCAUCAAUGGCGGAUCAUGACACUUCUUCGCUUCUGUUGUCGCCAGCCAUAGCCUCAAGCUCCACUGAUGAGCUCCAUGGACCUUCCCUAGACUCCAUGUUUGAACGCUGUGUACGAGAUUUGGGAUUGGCCGCCCAACUCCUUCAAGCCCUUGUGGUCUGCCUUGCAUGGUUUUUCGACGCCCAACAAACUUUCAUUGCUGUCUUCACUGACGCCAAUCCCAAAUGGCACUGUACUACUGGAUCAGUUGAGGCUUCCAAUUCAAACUCUAGUUGCGAUAUUUGCCUGUCACCCAAGGACUCAUGGGCAUGGGAUUCCCCCGCCGGCUCACACUCCUCCAUUGUGUCUGAAUGGGGCUUGUACUGCGCCCCUUCCUUCUUCUCCGGCCUCCCUUCAUCCUCAUUCUUCCUCGGCUGCAUCGUCGGCGGCUUCGCCCUCGCCACUCUCGCCGACUCCUCUCUAGGCCGCAAGAACACCCUCCUCCUUUCCUGUCUCAUCAUGUCCUCUUCCUCCUUCCUCACCGCCUUCUCCUCCAACAUCUGGAUCUACUCCACCUUUAGGUUCCUCUCUGGGUUCGGUCGCGCCAACGUCGGCACAUGCGCUCUCGUCCUCUCCACGGAGCUUGUGGGCAAGCGCUGGCGAGGGCAAGUCGGAGUCACCGGAUUCUUCGCCUUCACCUUCGGGUUUCUAUCCUUACCUCUUCUAGCCUACGCCCUGGAGGGUUGUUCUUGGAGGAGCCUCUACAUAUGGACCUCCGUCCCGGUACUCCUCUAUUGCUUGCUGCUUCAGUUUUCAGUCCGUGAGUCCCCCAGAUGGUUGCUGGUGCAAGGACACAAAGAGGAAGCCGCCGUGGAGAGCUUCAUGUCGGCCAUGAAGAUGUUGUUUGAAAAGAGAUGGUGCAUCCAGAGGAUGGUUGCGGUGAUGAGCAUCGGUUUGGGGACGGGAAUGUCGUACUACGGGAUGCCGUUGGGGCUGGGGAACUUGGGGACGAAUCUGUACGUAAGCGCGGCGCUGAACGCUUUGUCGGAGCUGCCGGCGGCGCUGUUCACGUUGUUGCUGAUAGGGAGGUUGAAUAGGAGGGGCGCCCUUGUGGGGUUCGCCAUGGUGAGCGGAAUUUGCAGCGUGUUGUCGGUGAUGAAGCUGAAGGUGAAGCUGAGUUUGGAGUUGGUUUCUUUCUUCUGCGCGUGUACGGUGGUGAACGUGCUGCUGAUGUUCACGAUUGAGCUUUUUCCGACGUGCGUGAGGAACUCGGCGAUGUCGUUGGUGAGGCAGGCGCUGGUGAUUGGGGGAGUGGUGGGUUCGUUUCUGGCGGUGGCUGGGAGGAAUAUGGAGUUUUUGUCUUAUGGAGUGUUUGGGAUUGUCAUUGCUGCUUGUGGUCUUUUUGCUGCAUGUUUGCCGGAAACUAAUGGAAGGUCAAUUUGUGACACCAUGGAUGAGGAGGAGAGGAGACACCAUCAAUCACCUCCCCAAUGUUAACAUCUGCUCUUCCAUUUGUACUUGCAAUUGCCAGAAUUGGCAUAUGUAUGUGAUCACGACGGAAUUCCAAUCUCCACCCUACUUGUUGUACUAAAAAAAUUGUUGGUAUUUUCCUAUUUUGUAUCCCAUUCAAAUCUAUUUAAACACUUCUCAAUUUUGGAUGCAUAUAAACAAGACCAGUGUUGGUGGUUGCCUUCUUUAAAAUAUCAUGAACAGUUCCUGUAGGUUGAGCGCCUUUUUCAAGGAAAUAUAGAAUAGCAGGAACAUUUAAAUAGGUUUGAUUCUUUAUCGGAUCAUAAAAACCCACUUUACGAAGAUCCCUUCCUUCUCUUCGGGAUCGAACAUCAAUUGCAAUGAUUGGAUAAACGGCUAAC